AUCAUCAUGUCCCGUCCUGGUACUACGCUAUACGUCACUGGCUUUGGCCAUGGCACCCGAGCUCGCGACCUUGCCUACGAAUUCGAACGGUAUGUGCCGCUCGUCGAUUGCCACGCGCUACCAUGAUGCAUCCGAACCGCAUCUCCCUCCACCUUCGCUGUUCUUCUCGGUCGGUCCUCGCAAUAUCGGCGCCGGAGAUACCUCCUGUCAUGUUAUGAAAGAUCUUGUCCCACUAGACGUCUCCAUUCCAAUCGAAUCUCCUAAUCCGUCAUUUUUCUCUACAUUGUACUUUGCACUUCUGCCGUCUUCCUAUUCCUACUGUGCCUUCGCAUCAUUUCUGCUAUUCACAUACAAUGCCUCUACAUAUCGUACUAACUUUACCUAGGUACGGGCGUCUUGUUCGAUGUGAUAUCCCUGCACCGCGUACCCCUUCCAGCCGCCUGUUCGCAUUUGUGGAGUAUGAGAGUCGCCGUGAUGCAGAUGACGCAUAUCAUGAGAUGCAUAACAAAAGGAUUGGCCGCGAUGAUUUAUUAAAAAUCGAAUGGGCAAGGACCCCGCCGUCUGCCUCAUGGCGCUUUGAUUCCGGCCGUGACCGCCGGCGCGACCGCACUCCACCUCGCCGUGGUAGAUCACCCUCUCCCCGACGUGCUCGUGGAGACUAUUCGCCACGCAGAGAUGACAGGUAUGAGCGUGAAUUUGAUAGAAGCGACCGUGACUAUGAACGACGUGACCGUGACUAUGACCGCCGAGACCGCGACUACGACCGUCGAGACCGCGACCGUUCUCGUGACCGUUCCCGCAGCCCCGACGAGAGGGAUCGCGACAUCAAGGAUGACCGAGAAAGACGCGACGAGGAGCGCGAGCGGCGUGACGAGGAGCGCGAGAAUGGCCCGAACGGCGAAGACAGGAAGGUUCCAUUGGAACCCUUGACGUCCGCUCACGACGAGCUUGACACUGCUGAGUAGAUUGUCUUUGCGAAGAAAGUAUAACGCUCCAUUCCACUCCAUUACUUGUCGGGCUCAUGAGAGACUCGAUGGCAUACUGACAACUUCUUCACUAAGCACGUGGCCUUCUAAAUUGUUCUGAACCGGUCUUUGGUCCGGAGGCUUGUUUUCGCCUGCCUCAUCACCGCACUCUUGAUUAAUCAAACUUAUUUAACUUUCUGUUCAAUUUGAUUCUCCCCAGUUACACUUUUAUUCGCCUUUUUU